AUGGAGGACAACGCUCCACAGUUGGUCACUCCCACAUCUGUGAAAGCUAUCAUCUCAAGGAUUGAGGCUGCCCAGCUAACUCGGGCUCAGGAGGAUAUUUCUACCCAGCUCUCAGACAUCUUGGACAACGUCAAUUGUGUCAUCAACUGUUUCCAAGAAGAAUUAGGAUAUGACUUUAAAAAAAAGGCAAAAUCUCACCAGACGGAGCAAAAGGGCAAGAACAGAUUCAUCUUGCUGGAGAAAAUUGCCUCCUUCUCCAGAGAUGUUAAGACUAAAGAGAAGCACCUGUAUGAAAUUCUCCACUGGCUGGGUGACUGGGGUGACAGUUUGACCUUUGAGAUCAGGAACAGGAAGAGUGAGAAGGAAGAGGAAGCCCUGGAUGAAUGGAUCGAGGUGACGGAGAAAGUGCUGCCUCUCUCCCUCAUUGCCACCAAGGGAGGCAUCGAGUCUCUCAUUUCCCUUUGCUCCACUCUCAUUGAAGAACAAAAGAAAAGGGCAUUGACAUCGAAGCACACCUUCUGGCAGGGCUGGCAGGAAAAGAGCCCACAAAAAUCUCCACCCCACCCUCAGCCACUGAGCCCAGAGGAGAUGCUCCAGGACAAGCACACCACCUGCACAAGGGUUUCUGAGGUGAAGUCCAUGCUACAGGAGCUCCUGGACUCCACCAUGUUCAACAAGGGGGAAGUCAGAGCCAUCAGAUAUAUGUCUGCCAUGUUGGAGAACCUCAACAAGGCCUUGAUUCUCCAGCACAAGGAGAACAGGACCCUUGAGAACAAAUAUAGGUACAUGCAAACAGAGAUGACUAAAGAGCUCAGCAGUCAGAGGUUGUACUUCCAGAAGUCCCUCCAAGCCCUUGAAAGCAAAAGGGAUGCCCUCUUGAAGCAGGUAGAAAUUCUAGGGAGAAAGUACCAUGACCUUCUCUUAAUGAAGUAUGCCUUAGAGUUCCAGCUGAAGAAGGCUCAGACUGCUAGAGGUCAAGCCACAGCUUCUGUAGACUACUCAGGACCCCCUAAGAAAGAGGAGAAAGAGAUGCUUCCAAAGAAACAAACAGCCAUGGGGGAAACCCAACAGGAGACCAAGAAGGAGGAGAAGGUGUUUUCACCACAUUCCCCAAGUCCCAUGACCACAGCCUGGGACAGUAGUGAUACAUCUUCAGCAUAUCCGCCACUUUCUACCAUAGCCACACAUUCAAGGAUUGCCGAUAUAUACAGAAGCAAGGACAGUGAAAGCCUUAAACCUGUAUUGCCGCCCUCGGGGGAUUAUGAGUUUCCUAAAAAAUGGGAAAGACCAGUGACAGAAAGUCCAAGCCACAAACAUGCAGACCAGGAAGACUUCUUCCAGGAAGAAGUCCAGGAGAAGGACGGAUUCCAAAUUAAUGUCCAUUUAAGGAAACAGCCGAAACAGCUGACCCCAGACAGCUCCGGUAAAGUGUCCUUGGAAAGCAGGGUGGAGCACUGGGAGGAAGAACUCAGCUGGCAAAAGCGGAAGCAGCAGUGGCUGGGGGAGGAGGAGAUGUGGCUGCGGCGGCAGAAGCAGUGGGCCCUGCUGGAGCAGGAGCACCAGGAGAAGCUGCGGCAGUGGGAGAUGGAGGAGGAGCAGAGGGAGCAGCACCAGAGACUUGUCCAGCCAGAAAAGAAGCAAGGGAGCCCAAGGGGGGAGCCAAGGGAGGAUGCAGACAGGAUGAUCUUCAUGACCACCAGUCAAUGGAGGGACUUGGAGAAAUCAGAGCCAUCAAUGGUUCCUCCUCCAAGCCGCGUCCAGUCAGCUCACCAAGUCAGGAGGUCAUACUUGCCCAGGUCUCCUAGUGUCCAGCAGCCCACCCCAGUAAACCGGAGGACCAUGAGUUCUGCUGAGUCUACUCUGAAAACACGGGCCCUCCGCGUUCCCACGAAGCCGAAGAAAUCAGCCUCCUUUCCUGUCACUGGAAUAUCCAUUCGAAGGAAGACCCGGCCCUCUUUGCAGACAUCCCCAGUAGCUCCUAAAGAGAAGGUAUACCAGAUAGACCUGGAGGCCCAGAGGAAGAACUUACAGCUCCUGAGUGGGGAAGCUGGGUUGGGGCUACCCCACUACCUACACGGCAAGGCUUUAAAGCUCACCACCACCACCAUGGAGCUGAGCUCGCUCAGGCUUCAGUACCUAUGCCAUAAGUACAUCCUCUACAGACGCUUCCAGAGCCUCCGACAAGAAGUGAUCAAUCACAUACAAAUCAUGCGAGAAACUGGGGCUACCUACAAGGCCCAGAACCUGUACAUCUUCCUGGAAAACAUUGACAGUCAACAGAACGUCAGGCUGCAGGCCUGGACCAAUAAGCAGAAGGCCUUGGAGGAGAAGCGCCGGGAGUGCCUGAGCAGCAUGGUGACCAUGUUCCCCAAGCUCCGUCUGGAGUGGAACGUCCACCUACACAUGCCAGCGGUCACCUCCCCAAAGCCAAGGAAAAGCAAGUCGCCCCCAGCCUUACCCCGGCGCAUCCACUCCAGAGGCCACCCUGGCAAGCGACCCCUGGAGCACUUUACACCCAAGCACUGGGAACACGUGCCCCUGCGGAUGGCCCGCCAACAGGGAAACCAGAUGGAGGUCAUCUGGAAGACUGAUGUGACCUCUUCCAGUCACCCAAUAGAAAAGAAGACCCCUACCAGCCUGCUCUGGGACCAGCAAGGAGGGUACCCAGAUAUUCCCCGUCUGUUGGCAUUGGAUGUGCAUUCCUCCUACCACAAAAGCUUGAUGUCCCUCAAGGCCCGCUGCUCCUCCACCUGUAACCGUAUUAACUCUUUCAGCGCCUCAGCGACUCAAAGAAAGGAAAGCCAGAAAUCCACAGACAAGUCAGCUGAUCUUGUUUGCAAAAAGUCAAGUGAGUCACUCCCUGGAACCCUAAAAAGCCAGAAGGAUAGAGACAAUCUCAGCCCUCACUCCAUCCCUUAGCCAGUGAUUCUCAAACUUCAGUUCCCAUGGGGGCUUGUUACAAAUGCAGGUUUCCCAACUGGUGCUUUUAAACAAACACUCUGGGUGCUGCUGAGUGGUCCUAGAACUUUGAGAAAUGCUAUGUUCUUCCUUUAGUCCCCAACUGUAUAUUUUUAAUAAAAUAGAAGCUUGCUUGUUUUUUAAAAAAAAAAAAUUUUAUCUCAUUUCUGAAACCCACACUUCCUCAACUCAUUUUUGGAUCCAGGCCCACAACCAUCUGGACAGUGAACCGGGCACCAAUCAGAGAGGCCUUCCCAAGUGCUGUCUCUGUCUUUUGGGGGCUGACAAGCUGCGAUGGCCAUGAUUUGUGCCUGGCACAAAGCAGGUGUCAGUAGCUCUUCACUUGAUCAGAGACAUGGGCAAAUAAGUAACUGAUAUACAGAUGACUAGCAGGAGAGCUCAGAAGAACAGAACAAAAGGAGAUCAAAUGGGUGGGAGGCAAAAGUGAGUGAGGACAAGUGGGAAGGAAUGGAGACACAGAGGCUCCACAUCUAAACGGUCUGGGCUAAGGAAGCCAUCUCUGGCAAUCAUCUGACAAAUUCAGUUAAGGCAUGACUCUCAUUAGUUCAUUCUGCAAACACUUACUGGGCACCUUCCCACCCUCACGCUUCCUUGCCCACAGCUACCUGCUGAGUCUCCCACUCAGUCACCAUCCUCCGCCCUCCUUCUCCAUUCAUCCAGCCAGACCUGGCCUAGACACCAGGUAUAAUAAAAAGUCAAACAGGCAAUGACCACUGACCUCAGAGAACCCUUAAUCAGUGAUUGUUCCUCAGGAACGGCACGUGUCCUUGCUUAAGGUUGAGACGAUGGAAAGAUGAGGAGGACGUGGGAUGUGAAGAGCUGGCUCCGUGGAUGAUGUCAGUAGGGUUUGAUUUCUGGGCCAUGGCUUAAGGUAUCGCAGGGUGCCUGG